CCAGAGCCUCGAUGUCGUCGCAUGCCCUGUUGCUCCGCCUCUUCCUCUCCCCUUCUUUUUUCUCGGUUCAUGUCGCACUCAAAUAUCUCCUCAUUUAUGCAGACAACAUUGGCAUCACAUACUAUUUGACCCAUCGCCUCAGGGAACUACAGGUCCAGGAGCUGACCGAUGUCUGGGGUUUUAUAUGCCAUCUCCUCAUAACCAGGCCCACGAAAUCCAGGGCAAUAGAGUGCUUUGUGGUUGAUACAGCCCGACGCUCGACCCAUAUCGCGUUGAUAACGCUAUGGUUCAUGCAAGCAGCCUUAAACGACCUGUCUGUCCAACGCCGCAACACUCAGUCCUUUGCCGUCUGUCAGCGUGUCCUCCACAAGUGCCAUGAAAUCAUAUUCAGCGACCUUUCCCCCGCUCCCUCGGGUCCUUAUUCCAUCUCCAACCUCUCCCCGCUGCUGCGUCGCCACAAGAUUAAGCACCAUGCUGAACCCGUCAUCGUGGGCAUUGGGACCAUGCUUGCAGGCGCGCCGGGCAUGCCUCGAUUAACUGCCAUAAUGGGAGAUGUCGCUAUUGAACAGGGGAGAGCAGAGGAAGACUUUGACGAUCGCACCGCCGUAGGUCCUCGAUCUGAAGACGACCUCGCACCUCCAGCCGUCUCUGCACGCACGUCCCUGGACGAGGACGACGAUGACCAGGAGGGUUCCCCAAGCUCGGAAGAGUCUUUGCCAGCAAAGCCUACUCUGCCAUCCAACUCGGCUCUGCUGGCCAGGAGAAAAACUGUCACCGGUGCUCAGACGGUCCCCACACUCCCCCUACACCUACGAUCUUUACGAAAACCGAGGUUGUCCGACGACCCCUUGGGCCAACUAGAGACGGACAGCUUCAAUACUCCGUCCCACUCGUCUCCGUCCCUUACCUCGGCCCUAAUGUCCGGACGACCUUUACGAUCCGCUAUGAUGAACCCCGCAGACAUUCUCCUAGAACGCUACGAUCACGAGGCACAAACGCAACUACUCCGGAACCAUUUUUGUAUGUCCGAGGUCAGUUUAGCUUUUACGCUUCCGCUGCUCCGUCUAACCGACAACAAGGUUCAAUUCUUGCUUAGUCUUGAGAACAUUUGCAACCGACUAUUGGUCGUGCCGAGACCGGCGCGAGUCAGUGCUCUAAGAGCAGAAUUGACCGCACUCAACCACAAACUCCCCGCCGAGGUCUGUCUACCUCUAUGGUGUCCGGGAACGGAUACCGCACAUACCAAUCCAUCUCACCCGCACCACCGCAUAGUCCGUAUCCCACCAGGCGAGAGCGUCGUGUUAAACUCUGCGGAGAGGGCUCCGUACCUCCUGCUCGUCGAAAUUCUGACCGAUGACCUCGAUUUCGAGCCAGCAAAGAAAUCGAACAAGGAUGUGCUCAGGAGGAUUGUCCUCAAAGAUCAGGAACGAACUGAACGGAGGGGAUUCUCUGUCGAUUCACCAUCAUUUGUCCCAUCUCCGAGUCGACUAGGGCGACCUUCUGGCGAUGUAGAGUUGAUGUAUCGUUCCGAAUUGUCACAAGAACCCCAGACUGCAGUAUCAGUCAUUCCAGCCACGCCAACGACGGCAAUACCGCCAGAUCCCGACGAGGAAGUCGAUCUCGUCGAGCAACUAUACGGAGCUGAUCAACCGCUUAAAUUCAAGCUAGAAGAACUCGUAUCCGACUCUAUGAACCUUCCACCAACGCCCAAGAAUAAGGACCUAGAUCUGGCCACUUGGUCUCGCUCGUCCCCCAUGGGAUCCUUCUCUUCAUCCUUCGGUUCCCCCCACAGUAGACAACCAUCCCAAACUCGAGUAUCCAUGGAGAGGACACAUUCGUCGCCUACCCCCUCGACGCCUGCAAGUGUAGAUUACUCUGGCAAUGCCCUAUCCCUGGACGAGUAUUCAGAGCGAAUGCGGACUGCUGCUAUCAUGUUGGCACAGCUGAAUUCGGGAAUCAUGCGCAGCGAUGCUCCUGUUACUGCCUCCCCCAGACCGGACGCCAACGACUCGAACCCAGCUGCGCGCAUGAAGGUACAUCACGCAGAAACGGCUGCCAUCCGGGAUCGAAUCAUGAAAGAGAUGAUUUCGUUGGAAGAGGAGAGGAUGGCGCGUAUGCAAGAGGGGGAUGGGGCUUUUGUGACUGUCCCCCAGAUGAGCGAGACGAGUGGAAGCUCCAAGACGCUGGAGGAUGAGAGCAUUAUCAGGAAGGAACUGAACAAGGUGGACCCAUCUGCUGUCGUGUUUAGUGAAUCGUGGGCAGCGAAGAAGAGUCGCAUCCGCCAGUCGUCGCCGUAUGGGCAUUUAGCAAGUUUAGCUCAGUGGGACUGCAUGUCCGUUAUCGUCAAAACUGGUGGAGACCUAAGACAAGAGCAACUUGCUGUACAACUUAUUCGCGAGUUCCAAUCAAUAUGGGCAGAGGAGAAGUGUGCUUGCUGGGUCAAACAUUUCCGGAUAUUGAUCACGGGUAGUACAUCUGGUCUCAUCGAGACGAUCAAAGACGCUGUUUCUAUCCACUCGAUCAAGAAGGCCGAGUAUGCGAAGAGGAUUGCAGAGGGUAGACUCGGUCACGUUACGCUUCUUGACCACUUCAAGGCCAACUAUGGCGACCCUUCAUCCUCUCGCUUCCUCCGCGCCCAACGCAAUUUUGCCCAAUCCCUCGCCGGUUACUCUAUCGUCACCUACCUCCUCCAAGUCAAAGACCGGCACAACGGCAACAUCCUCCUAGACCGUGACGGACACCUUAUCCACAUCGAUUUCGGCUUCAUCUUGAGCAACACACCAGGUAAUAUUGGUUUUGAAGCUGCGCCGUUCAAGUUCCCGCUGGAGUAUUUGGAGGUGCUGGGAGGGAUUGACGGAGCUGGGUACAAGGAGUUUAAGAGGCUGUUUAGGGAGGGUUUCGAGGCUGCACGCAAACAUUGUGAUCGAAUUAUCACUCUGGUCGAGUUGAUGCAGAAAGACUCUUCGUAUCCUUGUUUCGCAGUUUCUGCAGACCAGACUGCAAACCAGCUGAGAGAUCGCUUCAUGCCUACGCUGACGCACUCUUUGGUUGGCGAGCAUGUCGAACGGUUGAUUGCUUCGUCAUUGGGUUCGCAUUGGACCAGACUGUAUGACUCGGUAAGGGUGUUGAAGAUCACUUGGUGUCCGACCUCACUGACUGGAACGCUUGCUAGUUCCAAUACUACUCACAAUCCAUCCUAUAAUGACUAUUCAUAUAUCCCUCAUGGACAAGCGUGA